AUGGAUAACGAACCUCUCGCCAUGUUGCCCCAGCUUCUCCAAGCCCAGCGAGACUUCUUCGUCUCUCAGUCGGUCUUGGUCAACAUGCUCAUCGACGAUCGGAACGAGAAGCAUAACAUCAUCAAAUCCAUCAAAAGGCUUAGGUAUAAGCUCGACGACUACAUCCUCAUGGAUGUUCCGGAACCCAUCGACGAAGCCGACAAGCAAAAGUGGGAGAAGGACAGAGUGGAUGUGGAUUUCUACAUUCAGCAUUCCGUUCCCGACUACGGGGUCUGGACGGCUUUGAAGGAUACGGGCUGGGACAUUACCGCCCGGGAUCCAAAGGCUACUCUCGACAAGUUGACUGAGUAUUUCUUCACCCUUGGUCAUGAGCGUUAA